UUGGAAAGUGUACAUCUGUGCACAUUUAUGGAAAGUACUGUAUUUGUGUACAGACAGCUGAUGUUGGGUUUGUGCACUGAUUUUGAUCCCAGCAGCAGAGGGAAGCAGAUCCCGCUGUAUUCUCUACAGGAUGACGUCAUCGCGCUGAGCUGUGGUAGUGAACGCCUCUCUCUCUCUGUCCCUGUUCCCCGGCUGUAAACAAAAUCUGCCGUGUAGCGCUCCAUUCUGCGCUUUUCUAUCCACACGGUCGUUUUUACAUGAAUAGACGCCGCAGUUUUAGGUGUGUUGUAUCCACGGGUUGAAGCUGUCGGUUUAUUAACUCUCUCUGCGUCGUUUUAAAAUGUCCACCGCGGUGAGUGAGGUGAAGACGGCGCUCCUCCCGGCCGUGUGACAGGCGCGUUCCCGGGCAGUGAUGGCCGCACCUGCAGCAGCAGAGCAGGACCUCACCUUGGCGGAGGCGGACUCCGGUAAAGACAAAUCACAGGUUUUCGGGAUCCUUCGGCUGCAGGAGGAGAGUAAAUGCGGCGGUGAGAAAGCCACGAGCAGCACUAGUGCUAGCAGCAGCAGCAGCAGGACAGACGGGAGAUGGCAGGCGCCCAUAUUCGCUUUAGCUCGGAAAGCCUCGGAAACCCUUUCAAGCGGAAUUCACGUCCUGCCCAAAGUGGCCGAGUCUAAAGUGUGCCCUUUUUCAGAGGAAUGGAGCGUCAAGGCCUUCCGGGAUCCUAUGGCGAUGGAGAGGGCCAACUUGCUCAACAUGGCCAAGCUCAGCAUUAAAGGUCUGAUCGAGUCAGCUCUGAGCUUUGGUCGGACGCUGGACUCUGAUUAUCCCCCACUGCAGCAGUUCUUUGUGGUCAUGGAGCAUUGUCUGAAGCACGGCCUUAAAGUGAAGAAGACGUUUCUUGGAUACAACAAGUCACUGUGGGGGCCUCUGGAGAUGGUGGAGAAGCUCUGCCCGGAGGCAGGGGAGAUUGCAGCCAGUGUUCGAGACUUGCCCGGCCUCAAGACUCCACUGGGCCGAGCAAGGGCUUGGCUGCGACUGGCACUGAUGCAGAAGAGAUUAGCAGACUACCUGCGUGUACUCAUCACCAGAAAAGAAAUACUGAGUGAUUUCUAUGAAAGCUCAGCAGUCAUGCUGGAGGAGGAGGGAGCCGUCAUCGUUGGUCUCCUGGUGGGACUCAACGUCAUUGAUGCCAACCUGUGUGUGAAGGGCGAGGACUUGGACACCCAAGUCGGGGUGAUUGACUUCUCCAUGUACUUAAAAAAUGACAUUGAUGACUACAGAAGUGAAGAAAGAAAUGGUCAAAUUGCUGCAAUAUUGGACCAGAAGAACUACGUUGAAGAACUAAACAGGCAGCUCAAUUCCACGGUUCAAGGUCUGCAGGGCCGUGUGGACUCGUUAGAGAAAUCAAAUUCCAAACUCAUUGAGGAGUUGGCAAUAGCAAAAAACAACAUCAUCAAACUACAGGAAGAGAACCACCAGCUAAGAAAUGAGAAUUCAUUAAUUAUCAUGAAGGCUCAGCGGCGUCUUGAGGUUACACAGGGGGACGUACACUGUGAGCUGGACACCUAUAAACAGUCCAGGCAGGGCCUGGACGAAAUGUACAACGAGGCACGGAGGCAGCUUAAGGAGGAGUGUCAGCUCCGGCAGGAUGUGGAGAAUGAGCUGGUGGUGCAGGUUAGCAUGAAGCAGGAGAUGGAACUGGCCAUGAAGCUCUUAGAGAAGGACAUCCAUGAGAAGCAGGACACUUUGAUUGGACUUCGGCAGCAACUAGACGAGGUUAAAGCCAUCAAUGUGGAAAUGUACCAGAAAAUGCAGACGUCUGAUGAUGGCAUGAAGCAGAAGAACGACAUGAUUGCACGACUGGAGGAGAAGACCAAUCAGAUAACUGCUACGAUGAAACAGCUAGAGCAAAGAUUGCAGGAAGCGGAGAGGGAGCGACUCAGCACCGAGGACGGUGUGCGCCGAUUCAAGCAGGACUUUGCCAACAAAGCAGACAGCCUCCAAAAGCAGAUUGCCCAGAGAGAGAAGCAGAUGUUGCAGCUGGAAACAGACUUGAAAAUCGAGAGGGAGUGGAGACAAACUCUACAGAACGACCUGGAAAGAGAACAAGAGACCAUCAACCAACUGAGGGCUGAAGCACAGCAAAUUACUGUGCUCAAGAAGGAGUUUCACAGAUUGCAGGAUGAGAACACGCAGCUGAAGGGGAUUUGUGAGGAACAAGAAAAGGCACUAGAAGAGCUGGGCUGCAAACUCAGCGAAUCAAAACUAAAAAUCGAAGACAUAAAGGAGGCCAAUAAAGCACUUCAGGGUGGGCAGGUAUGGCUUAAGGACAAAGAUGCCACACACUGCAAACUUUGUGAGAAAGAGUUCUCCAUCUCCAGGAGAAAGCAUCACUGUAGGAACUGCGGGGAAAUCUUCUGCAAUGCUUGCUCAGAUAACGAGUUACCCCUCCCUGCUUCCCCGAAGCCUGUGCGAGUAUGUGAUACAUGCCAUGCGCUACUCCUCCAGCGCUGCUCCUCCAAUGCCACAUAAGACGUACAUCAGCGUGUGCUGCCUAAGCGGCCGGCUUUGGCUUUAACCCAGAGUGCCGUGAUUUCCUGCAGUGUGUCAAGCUAUAACACAAGUGACCAAAACGGCUGUUUCCCAGUGUUUGAAGUUUACAUUUCACACGGCAGUUCUCCCCGUGGACAGCGUGGACGUGAGGUAGCCGUUUAAUGUUAAGUGCCCAGUGAAGGACGUGGGUCUGGUGAACAUACUGGUUCAAGUCCUUGUAUUUUUUUUUAAUUUCUUUUUCUUAAUUAUAUAAAGAUAAUCAACUGCCUUCAGCACUACAACUGAGCAGCACUAAAGUGUAUUAAUACUCCAAACAGGUGAACGACAUUCCAGUCUCUGUUCUGAGGAACGCAGGGUGAACAGUACAAUCUUUGUAUAGUGUUAAAAAAAAAAAAAUGAAACGCUGUAUUAGGGAAAUACGGUGGGGAUUUUAUUUAAGUUUGUUUUGUAUUAAAAUGAAUGUGUGCCUGUCUCUCAAAUAGGCAAAGUUUUUUCAUAAGGCACUAAUGUUUUUCCAAUGCUGCUCACAUUUGAUUGGGACGGUUCCAUGAAAUAGCAGUCACAACGUCCUGAACAAAGUAUUAUUCCACACUAUAGUACAUUACAGGCUGUACUUAGAUGCCAAGACAUGUUUCAUAAAGUGCAAAUCUAGACUGCUACUUGCCUUGAAUGUUCAAUACGGUUCAUCUUAAUGAGUUUAAAUGUAAACUGUUAUGGAAACAGUUGCUAAAAUGAUAAUUUUUGAAUAUUAAGGUGUAUGGAAUUGUAUACAUUUCUUUAAUCACUAAAGUGAAUACUUACAGUUUCUGUGCUCUUUCCUAUUUAUUAAUUUCUACACUUGGGUAACAUUAGACAACUAACAUUUAGAACUAGUAUUUUAUGCAUGAAGGCAAACUCUGAUAAGAUGUCUGCCUGUAUUUGCAAGUUUUAUAGCACAAAUUUCAGUCAGAAUAUCUAAAAUAAUAAAUCUGAAGUUGCCUCCUGCAUGUAUUUAGCUGAAUUAAUUUUUAAAUCACUGCUACAGUGCAGCAUCUACUACUAUCUGCAUAAAUACCUAGAAUAUCCAUUUAAAUAUACUGCAAAUAAGUUAUAUACAAAUAAAAC